CCUCUCUCACAGACACAUAUCACAAACACUUUCCAUCUUUUGCUUCCUAAACCUUCUGCUCUGCCUCUUCCGCCAUGGCUAGACCGCAGCAACGAUACCGGGGCGUCCGCCAACGCCACUGGGGAUCGUGGGUGUCCGAAAUUCGCCAUCCGUUAUUGAAGACUAGAAUAUGGCUGGGGACAUUCGAGACAGCAGAGGAUGCAGCAAGAGCAUAUGACGAGGCUGCAAGGAUCAUGUGCGGGCCUAGAGCACGAACAAACUUUCCGUACAACCCCAACGAGCCUCAGACAUCAUCGGCCAAGGUUCUUUCGUCUACAUUAAUGGCAAAACUACAAAAAUGUCACAUGGCAUCACUCAAAAUGGCCAAGAAACAACCUAUAAAGCAGAAAAAUGCGGCAGAACAAUCUUCGUGUACUAAAAGGGAAGAUUGUAUUUAUAAAGAGAAUGUUCCGAUGGGGAGUGGACAAGAAUUGAAGGCACUUGAGGAUGAUCAUAUAGAGCAGAUGAUUGAGGAGUUGCUUUAUUAUGGCUCAAUUGAGCUUUGUUCUGUUAUGGAAAAUUAAACAAUUGAAUUUAGUCUCAUUUUCAUUUGCUUUCGGUCGAACUUUUGUCCAUGUUUCCCGUGCUAUAAUCAUGUUUGGUAUGUUGAACUGACCACUCGGAAUAUGAUUUAAGAAGAAAAAUAAGCUAUAGUCCCGUGAAGAUGCUUGCUAGCUGCAACAUGUGUGAACAGGGAAUUGAGAAAAUUGGGCUGAAUAAUGGAUGUUGAUUUC